GCGGACUUCAAUGGAAAGAGGACAUGAAAUAUAAUGGACAACUUAUAUACCCAAAUGUAUAUAGAAUAACACCCAAGUGUACAGAGAAGUCAAUAUAUAAAACAUUGCUGAAGGAUACCGCGAAUAAUUUCCUCAAACAAAUAGCGGAAUCACAAAUACAACAAAUAUCACCAUUCGACGCUGCAGCAGUACUCAAAAGACUACUGGAAAACGUAGAUAGUAAAGGUGUAAUAGAAAUAAGAAGGAAUCCGUAUUAUAAACCAGUGGUGACAAGAAUUUUAAACAGUGUGGAACUAUAUAGAAAGGAACUACUAUUCUACUUCCUUAACAAAUUCUAUCAACUACAUGAUACACAGGCUAUCAAACACUUGACACAGGUAUUCGUAGAGUCACAAGCAGUCUCGUUGUUGAAUCCAAACCAACUGGUGGAGUUAACCUAUUAUGCAGCACAUCAUAUACCAAAGGAAGUAAAGCAAGAAGUAGAAUACGCUGAUAUACCAAAAGAAGAGUUAGCCGUGUAUCACAAAUAUAUAAAACAGCUCCAGGGAGAAUUAGUUGCAAAGGCUGUAGAACUCAAAGAUUAUAACCUAAUAUACAAAGUGGUCAUAGCAUUGCCAAAGCUCCCGAAAACACAGUAUACAGAUGUUCUGAGUAGAGUAAUAGCAGAGAAAGUGAAACCAGCAAUUGCCAAAGGUAAAUGGGAUCAUAUGCAAUUGAAAAAAGUAAUCAACGCGCUGGAAGUAUUAGAAGCUGUUGAUGAUGAGACGCUAAGGAUAUUCAUAAGCGCUCUCGAGCUCAAACAAGAUAGUCUCAACGAUAUAGAAAUACAAGAUAUAAUACAGAUACUGGAAAAGUACCAUUUACAAGACAGUGAUCUAUACAUAUCACUAAAGGACAAAUUGGAUAUCAGCAAACGGAUGAAAGCUAGUGGGUUAAAAUGGAGGACACAAGUACGACGAUAAUA